GCAGCUCCAACAACCACAACAGCGGCACCAACAACCACGACCGCAGCUCCAACAACCACAACUGCAGCUCCAACAACCACGACUGCAGCUCGAACAACCACGACCGCAGCUCCAACAACCACAACUGCAGCUCCAACAACCACGACCGCAGCUCCAACAACGACUGCAGCUCCAACAACCACAACAGCGGCACCAACAACCACGACCGCAGCUCCAACAACGACUGCAGCUCCAACAACCACAACAGCGGCACCAACAACCACGACCGCAGCUCCAACAACGACUGCAGCUCCAACAACCACAACAGCGGCACCAACAACCACGACCGCAGCUCCAACAACCACAACUGCAGCUCCAACAACCACGACUGCAGCUCGAACAACCACGACCGCAGCUCCAACAACCACAACUGCAGCUCCAACAACCACGACUGCAGCUCCAACAACUACGACCGCAGCUCCAACAACCACGACAGCCACAUCAACAACCACGACAGCGGCACCAACAACCACAACUGCAGCUCCAACAACCACGACCGCCGCACCAACAACCACGACAGCCACAUCAACAACCACGACAGCUGCACCAACAACAACGACCGCAGCUCCAACUACCACAACAACGCUCCAACAACCACGACCGCCGCACCAACAAUGA